AUGUUGGUGAAUUCAAGGGUAACAAAUGUGAAAGAUAUUAGAACCUCAAGUUAUACUACUCCUAAUAAAAUCAGACGGAUCAGAUUGCAAAAUAAUACCAGAUCAUUAGAUGAGAUUAAUCACCGAUUAGCAAAAUUGGAUCUUGACACAACUACCAUGAAUAAAAAUUUAAGAAUAACAAAAUAUGACUCAACCCAGAAUGAUAGAUCAAAAUUAGAAAUAGAUAAUAUAACUGUUGAUAUUGAUGAAGAGGAUGACGAUGACAAACAAGAAAACCAAUCUCCGAUAGAUAAUCAUAUUGAUCUAUUUAAGAAUUGUUGGGAUUUUGUCCCAGAACCAAUUUGUUGUUUUCCUAUUGUUAAUAAAAGAAAUAACCAAGCUAAUGAACAACAACUGCAGUAUGAUAAAUCCUGGAAAGAUCACUUUACUGCAAAUAAUGACCUUUCUAGACUUUCAUGA